AUGAACUCGUCCGCCCCGCUCUCUGCCAACACGCCUGGCCCAGCGGCGCAAAGCUCGACACCUUCCACAUCAGCCACCACAUGCACAGUCCAGCAAAUCGCAAGUGAGGAGGAGUUCGACCAACAGAUCACUGCCCUUCCUUCAUCAUGUCUCUCCGUCAUCUACUUCCAUGCUCCCUGGGCCGAACCCUGCAAGCAGAUGAGCACGAUCCUCAGCACUCUCGCCUCCACAUACCAACCAGGCAACCCACAACGGAUAGCCUUCUUCGGUCUUGAUGCCGAGGAAGUCAGUGAUAUCAGCGAACGAUACGAUGUUUCGCAGGUACCGCUCAUGGUGCUGCAAAAGGACGGACAAGUGGUGGACUCAAUCACAGGCACAGAUGCGAGCAAAGUCCGGAACGCAGUAGAGAAGCAUGCAGGCGCAUCGAAGUCAGGCGAUGCAGGGAAAGCUGGUCUGCCGCCAGCACAGAAGGUCACAAAGCCUGCGCCUAGCCAGAGUCUAGAUGACGGCAAGGCAUCCAUGAACGGCAACUCCAGUCUCUCGAAGUACGCGCCAAACUCCUCCGAUCCAGCAACGGCGCCACAAUUCAGCUCAGGCGAGAUCAAUGGCGCGACACAAGAAGCCUCGCAAGAAGAGCUUAACGCACGAUUGUCUGAGCUUGUGAAGGCGGCACCAGUCAUGCUGUUCAUGAAAGGUACACCUUCGGCACCACAGUGUGGGUUCUCAAGACAGUGUGUGAGUAUACUACGAGAGAAGGGGGUGCGGUACGGCUUCUUCAAUAUUCUCGCAGACGACGAGGUGAGGCAGGGUUUGAAGGAGUUCAGCGAAUGGCCAACGUUCCCACAGGUUUAUGUGGAUGGCGAGUUGAUUGGUGGGCUUGAUAUUCUCAAAGAGGAGUUCGAGAACGAUACUGAGUUCCUGAAGGACUACUCGGUUAGUGCUCAGGGCAAGACGGGUGGUCCUGCGGCGCCGGCGAAGCAAGCAGUCGCUGCUUGA